AUGUCGACGGGAGCCGAACGGAAACUCCGCGGUUUGAAGAAUCGCAGACGCAGUAUUCUGUCCUCGUUUGCCUGCAUCACAGAAUUUACCGACAAUUAUCAAGAGAAGAGUGAUGCAAUGGAACUGCCUGUUCGUUUGGAUAACCUCGCUGCACUAUGGACCGAGUUCAAUUCAGUGCAGGCCGAGUUGGAGACUUUGGAAGACACGGAUGAAGCCAUGGAUGCGUAUCUGAGCGAUCGCACCGAGUUCGAAAAACGUUAUUACCGCACAAAAGAUAUACUAAUGCAAUUUAACAACGUAUCAUCUCGUCAACAACACAUGCAAAACCCACAACGUGAAUCCCCGAGCCAAAUGAGCUGCAUAAAACUGCCGGAUGUUAAAUUACCCGUAUUCAAUGGACAGUUCGAAAGUUGGCUAAAUUUCCAUGAUUCAUUUGAUUCGCUCGUCCACUCUUCAACGAAUCUAUCAACCAUCCAGAAAUUUUACUAUCUACGGACUUCUCUGGCUGGUGAAGCGUUAAAGGUGAUUCAAACAAUACCUAUAACAAGUGAUCAGUAUGCUGUUGCAUGGAAGAUGCUCGUUGACCACUUUUCAAACCCUCGGCGUCUGAAGCGUAUAUACGUUCAAUCAUUGUUUGAAUUUUCCACUAUACGAAGAGAAAAUGCAUCGGAGUUACAUUCACUUGUAGAAAAAUUUGAAACCAACGUAAGAGUGUUGAAGCAGCUAGGUGAACACACCGAAUAUUGGGAUGUACUUCUGAUUCAUCUGCUAAGUACGCGGCUAGAUCCUGUCAGCAGAAGAGACUGGGAAGAAUAUGCGGAAACGCUUGAAAAUGUCACUUUCGAUGAAAUCGUUCAAUUCUUACAACGUCGAGUCAAUGUACUGCAGUCAGUCGUUUAUCAACCUGCUGAAGUACAACAAUUUAACGUGAAAAAGAACUGCAUUCAACGGUCGGGAAACAUCAGAACAUUCCAGAAUGCAGCACGUGAAUGUACAGCUUGUUCGGGUUAA